AGAGAUCUCAAGCAGCUGGUGAAAAAAGACAAGAUGUUGGAAUUUGCCGAGUGUUUGGUAAGGACAGCCUGGAGAAGCCUCAACUUUGAGAAGCCCCCUGGCCCCAGUGCUCAGUGUGUGGGGCUGGCAGCUGUGGCCCCUGCCCGGUGCUGCACCCAGGGGCGCCAGCCUGCGCCCCACACGCUGCUCCCUUCCCUGGGCCCUACAGCUUCUUCUCCAGGCUCCUGUGGCCCCGAACUGGGUGCUGAUGGAGCCCCAGCCCUGCGGGGCUGCAGGCCGGGGCGGCACCGCGGCUCCCCGGGCAGCAGCCGGCCCUCUGCCCCCUCCAGAGCUCGGCGCCAGCGGCUGCUGGCCGGGCCUCAGGGCUGGGCGGGCACGGGAGGCCGGGGCUGGCCGCAGGCAGUGCCCGGCCGAGGGGCAGAGCCCGCACCAACCCUUCCCUCCUACCGCUCUCUCCAGCUGGCACAGGACGAGAGCCGAGCGGCCGAGCACCUGCGCCGGGCCCUGCCGUACCUGCAUAACCCACAGGAGCGCCUGCGAGCGCCGGCCAUCAGGUUCAUUGGGAUGGCCGGGCGGCUCCUGAGAGGGCAGCAGGAAGAGCUGCAGGUCCUCACUGAGGCACUUCAAGCCCUGAGGAGAGAUGGCAACCCUUCCCAUUCAAACACAGCACUUCAGGAGAUAUUCAGUGAAAGAGCUGCAGAACUACACUCAUCUGCUGGCUCAGAAUAACCAGUGUUCAUUUAAGACCUUCAGAUGCCUUGGAAGAUGAGACUACACUGAGACCAGAAGGGACCAGCUGGAGCUCCAGGCACUGCUGAUGACUGGCACAGCUGAGCCUUUGGGAAGCUCUUGUGGCUUCAGCCCUCUCCCUGCCUCUAGAUAGCUCCCUCCCUGCAGCCCUCAGACACUGCCCAUGCCUUCUUUUUCCCUCCACUCUCCCUCCCUUUUGACAGCUCCCUCCCUCCAGCCCUCAGACACUGCCCAUCCCCAUUUUUGCCUCUCAGCUCAUCCCUUUGCUUCGCUUUCCAUCAAUAAACAGUUUGACUUUUUCACUUAAA